CCCCACUCGACUGAAUUCUUAUGUGCAACAUUCCCCAUUUUGCAGCAGCAGGGGCUCUACUUUAUUUUUUACAGGAACUGCAGCUUAAAAGAGCAAAGCAGGAUGGAUUUGUGCGUCGUUUCUGUUUUAUUUGCAAGUAUCUUCAUCGUACCGUUCGCCGUCAAUGCUUUCUGCCCUUAUCUGUGGAAGGAUCUGCAGUAUUUUGGACUUCUGCUGCGGAUCUUGGUGAAGUUUGCGUCAAGGCGCAGGAGGAAACCUCUCUUUUCUGUUUUGGACCGUUUCUUGGAGCAGAGCGGGGCGCACAAGGACAAACCCUUCAUUGUGUUUGGAGAGGACAGUCUCUCUUACUCGGACACGGACAGACGGAGCAACAAAGUGGCCAACGCUCUGCAGAUUCACCCUGGGUUCACAGCUGGAGACACGGUGGCUCUGUUCAUGGGGAAUGAACCCGCCUUCCUGAUUACCUGGCUGGCGUUGGCUAAGUUAGGAUCCCCCGUGGCUCUGCUCAACCACAACAUCCGCACCAAGUCUCUGCUGCACUGCUUCAGCUGCUGCAGGGCCAAGGUGCUGAUAUGUGCCCCGGAGCUGAAGGAGGCAGUGGAGGAUGUGCUGCCCUCGUUGAUGGAGCAGGGCGUCACCGUCCUCCUGAUGACCAGACACUGUGACACGCCUGGAAUCGAGAGCUUCUCUGACAAAGUGGAAGAAGCGUCAGAUGACCCGCUCCCCCGAUCCCUCCGAUCACACAUCACCUUCAAAAGUCCUGCAGUUUACAUCUACACCUCUGGAACCACAGGUCUCCCUAAGGCAGCUGUGGUCAAUCAGAACCGUCUCCUGAUAGCUCUGGCUAUUCUGUCUUCAAACGGUGUCACGUCCAGCGAUGUCAUCUACGUCAACCUGCCUCUGUACCACACAGCUGGGUUUCUAAUAGGCUUCAUUGGCUCCAUUGAGACAGGAUCAACCAUCAUACUGAAGAGGAAGUUUUCUACCUCUCAGUUUUGGGACGACUGCAGGAAACAUAAUGUGACCGUCAUCCAGUACAUCGGAGAGGUGAUGCGUUACCUCUGUAGCACAGCAAAGAAAGAAAAUGACAAGGACCAUAAAGUCAGACUGGCCAUCGGCAAUGGAAUCAGGGCCGACAUAUGGAGAGAGUUUCUCAGUCGCUUUGGCAACAUCGAGGUCCAAGAGUUCUACGCCUCCACUGAGGGAAAUGUGGGAUUUGUCAACUAUGCGGGAAAAAUUGGAGCCAUCGGACGUGUCAACUUUUUCCAUCGGAAGCUGUUUCCCUACACUCUUAUUAAGUACGACACAGAGCGAGAUGAACCCGUUCGAGAUUCUAACGGCCUCUGUGUGGAGGCGCCCAGAGGUGAGUCAGGACUGCUGGUGUCGAAGAUCACAGACAUCGCUCCUUUUGUCGGCUACGCCCAGAACAAAGAUCAAACGGAGCGCAAGAAACUUCGUGAUGUUCUGAAGAAAGGAGAUUUGUACUUCAACAGUGGAGACCUCAUGAGGAUCGAUGAGGAAAACUUCAUUUACUUUCAGGAUCGUGUUGGCGACACGUUCAGGUGGAAAGGUGAGAACGUGGCUACAACUGAGGUGUCGGACAUCCUGACGAUCAGUGACUGCCUCAAAGAAGCCAACGUUUAUGGAGUCCAAGUGGCAGGGCAUGAGGGGCGGGCAGGUAUGGCAGCUGCUACUCUGAUGGAAGGCGACGAGUUUGAUGGAAGUAAAAUGUACAACCAUGUGGUCAACUACCUGCCCUCAUACGCCCGACCUCGCUUCAUAAGGAUACAGAAUGCCGUGGAGGUCACUGGCACCUUCAAGCAGAUGAAGGUGAAGUUAGUGGAGGAGAGUUUUGAUCCAGGACGUAUCCAGGACCCUCUUUAUAUCCUCGAUGAUAAUGAGAAGAGCUACGUUCCACUGACAGAUCAGAUCUACAGCUCCAUCAAAUCAGGAGACAUCAAACUAUGAACAGAUGCCUUGUGUUCACUAACUGUGCAGACUUUUCUGGCUAUAGUGGCAUUGAGUUUUUUAUAAUGACAUUCUAACUCAGGGAACAAAUCUCAAAAAAUUGAGAUAUAGACAACUUUGUUAAAAGCAGUACGUGGGAACCAUGAUUGAUUUGUUUGGGUUCAGGGGUCAGAGUCAGUCUGCGGGAGGAGGAGGGAGUUUGAUAUGAAAUAUAUAUUUUCUUGCAAGUGAUUAUAUAAAUAGUAUAUUAACAAGUAUGACAAAGUGUUGCUCUGGCUGGGAGCAGUAAAGACACAAUGUUUGACGAUGGCCAUUAGACUUUCUCUCACAGAAGAGUAAAUUGUUUUAAGAAAAGAUGUGAGUAACGUGAAGCUGGAGUGGAAAACCAUUUUCCUAUUUUCAGAACAUCUUUCAGGGGCCAUAGAUUACUGAACAAUAAUCACACUAACGUUUCACUGGUCAAAAAACCUGCUAACACCCACUAACAUCUGGUGUUUUUUUUUAAUAAACUCUCUUCUGUAUUUUGGCAGCGUAGACGCUCUCAUGGCAAACUUAUGAUGCGUAUUCUUGGCGUGGAGUGUACACGGUCCGUGUAGGUAGUGGCCAGCAGAUUUUGAAAUCAGAAAACCAAAAUUGGGAAGUGAGCUGUUUCCAACUGUUUCAAAUCUGAAGAGCAUUAGAUUCUAUCCUAGAUUUUUGCAACUCAUCAAUUUGAAUCCCUUUUUAUUUUAUGGCAAAAAGGAUUAAUUGCUGUCAUGAUCCUUUUUAUUGUUUCUGAGUUCUCUUUAUGCCUGUUAUGAAUUGUCAGGCUGGAUGUAAUUGUCUUGCAAGCUGUGUAUGGCCCAGAGGCCAGAUGUAGUGGUUAUUAGUUAAAAAGACCAAACACAACAUUUAUAUUCAUGUGCCAAUACCUGUACAUAUAUGAAUUAUUCUCCUAAAUAUUAAAGUGAUUCCUGUGUC